AUUCAUGGCAGGUGGUGAGAAGGCGAGUGCACGGCAAAGAACUCGAGUCCAGCCAGGGCUAGUCGGCAGAGAGAGGAGCGUUGCCAGUUCAGACAGAAGCCCUUUUCCUCUUAGCCUUUCAAAAUGCUCUGUGCAUUUAGCAAUGUAGCCACAAUAAGAAACUUCAACCCCCCUCAAAAAUAAUAAACAAGUCACAUAAUAGUCCACUUAAUUCUAAUCCUACGAUGUGCUAACAAUUGGUUUCGAAGGUCGCGUUUAAAUACGGCACUUUUGAUGGUUGCUGGAGGAAUAUCUCUUUGAGAAAUGGGUUUCGGAAGUUUGGUCAGGAGAGUGCCAGGCGGAAAUAUAGCCGGUGGCGAUUUCAACCCUUUUCCUUUUUUUCGCUGCUUUUCUCUCUCCUUAACGUUUGUGCUCGCAGAUAAGUGGCUCGAAGAGUUAAUCGGUAAUCAAAUCCAUUACCAGUGAAAAAGGGGCGCAGGCGUGUUUAUGAUGUUUUCACCGCCUGUGAGUAGUGGGAAGAAUGGACCAACGUCCCUGGGAAGUGGCCAUUUCGGGGGUUCAAGUCUGGAAGACAGAACAAGCGCUGGAUCUUGGGGAGCCGGAGGUCAUCCGAGCCCAUCCAGGAACUAUGCUGAUGGCGUGCACUAUGAACAAUUGACCAACAGGGAACUGGGAUCACAUGACAACCUUUCUACAUCCUCAUUCAUGAAUUCUCGACUUGUAGGCAAAGCAGACAGAACAUCAUUCCCAUUCGUGAGGGACUCGAGUAUGCAGGGUUGUCAGCUCCAUUUUACUGCAAUGCGAAGAGGCAUGCGAUCAAAGUCCGGUCUCCUUGGGCAUGACAUAGGUAUGGGCAGUCCGGCAGCCGUUUCACCUCCAGGCUCCAAGCCUGGGUCACAGUAUUAUCCAUAUUCCAGCAAUAAUCCCCGCCGGCGACCAAUGCAUGAUUCCUCAAUGGAAAUGCCACCGAAAAAAAUUAGGAAGGUGCCUCCAGGUUUACCAUCUUCGGUGUACGCCCCAUCAGCUAGCACUGCCGAUUAUAACAGGGAUUCGCCUGGCUACCCUCCCUCCAAGCCUCCGUCCAGUUCAUUUUCUAGUUCAUUCUUUAUGCAAGAUGGGCAUCACAAUUCCGAUCCAUGGAGUUCCUCUGGUGGAAUGAAUCAGCCCACUUAUGGAGGCAUGCUGGUAAACUCUUCCCAGGUUCCACAGUCCAGCAGUUACUGCAACCUGCAUCCACAAGAUCGCCUGAAUUACACGUCGCACUCCUCAACGAACAUCAAUGCCAGCCUCCCACCUAUGUCCAGUUUCCACCGCAGUGGCACAAAUCACUAUGGCGCUUCCUCCUGCACACCGCCAGCCAACGGAACAGACAAUAUCAUGGUCAGCAGAGCAGGAGGAUCAACUGGCAGCUCGCAGACUGGCGAUGCACUGGGCAAAGCACUCGCAUCAAUCUACUCGCCAGACCAUACCAACACCAGUUUCCCUUCAAAUCCAUCAACGCCCAUCGGGUCUCCGCCAACACUCACAGCAGGUAGCUCUGUGUGGUCCAGGAAUGGAGGCCAAGGUCCCCCCUCUCCCAAUUAUGAAGGUCCACUUCAUUCUUUGCAAACCCGGAUUGAAGACCGCCUGGAAAGAUUGGAUGAUGCCAUACACGUCCUGCGAAACCACGCAGUGGGACCAUCGACAGCCAUGCCCAGUAGCCACAGCGACCUGCAGAAUUUAAUAGGACCGUCACACAACGGGCCCAUGGGUGGCUUAGGAUCAGGAUAUGGGCCAGGUUUGCUGUCAACCAACAGACAUCCUUUAAUGGUGGGAGGUCAUCGUGAAGAUGGUGUUGGGCUUCGAGGCAGCCAUGCAAUUGUGUCAAAUCAAGUGCCAGUCCCACAGCUUCCAGUGCAGUCAGCCACAUCUCCUGACAUUAACCAGUCCCAGGACCCAUACCGGGCACUCUCCAGCAGCCUGCAAGGGCAGAGUGUGUCUUCUGUCAGCUCAGAUGUAAAGUCAGAGGAUGAACCAGAUGAGAAUCUGCAGGAUUCAAAAUCCACAGAUGACAAGAAGGGCGAUGAGGACAAGAAGGAUAUCAAGAUAUUAAAUAGGUCACUAUCUAGCAAUAAUAAUGACGACGAAGACCUUUCUCCGGAACAGAAGGCUGAGCGUGAGCGAGAAAGAAGAAUGGCAAACAACGCUCGUGAACGUCUGCGUGUGCGUGACAUCAAUGAAGCGUUUAAGGAACUUGGUCGCAUGGUGCAGCUCCACCUGAAAAGUGACAAGCCACAGACGAAGCUCUUGAUCCUUCACCAGGCAGUUGCUGUUAUUUUGAGCCUGGAACAGCAAGUCCGAGAGAGGAACCUGAACCCUAAAGCAGCUUGUCUGAAAAGAAGAGAGGAGGAAAAGUUGUCAACAGAUCCACCGCCACUCUCCCUUGCAGGAAUCAACCCGAAUAUGGGAGACACAUCCAACCAUAUGGGCCCAAUGUGAAAAGAGGCCCAUGGUGCCAGAUCAACAAAAAUAAGUGAGAGACCGCUUCCUUGACAACUGUAUUAUCUUACAACAAUGUAAACACUCUGCCCAAUCCCCUUUUUUUGUAAAAUGGAGACACAUUAAAAGCAGUCACGAAAAUGAAUCACAGACGAGAGAGAGAGAGAGAGAGAGAGAAAGAAAAAAGAAAAAAAGAAAGAAAGAAAGAAAGAAAGAAAGAAAGAAAGAAAGAAAGAAAGAAAGAAAGAAAGAAAGAAAAAAGAAAGAAAAAAGAAAGAAAGAAAGAAAGCGAGGAAAAAGAGAAUACUGCAUUCCCUACAAGCAAAGUACGACUCGGGGGACAAACUCUAAACAUAUCAUUCAGAAUGUUGAGCAGUAUGUUGCAAGCUGUUAAUGUACAGCCCAGAGACUGAAUGGCAAUCUUCUCCACACUGUGGAAAAUGCAUUUGUGCCUGAACUUCUGUAAAAAAAUAAAAGUAAAAAAAAAUCAAUUUGUAGGUUGAAAAAAAUAUUUAUUUGAAAUCGUAACCUUGCAAUAAUGAAAAGUGUACUUCUGAUUAAAAAAAAAAAGGAAAAAAUACAAUUGAACAUUUUUGUUUUGUUGGUGUUCUAGUCAGCUAGUGUUUGUUCUCUGGAGAGAGUGAAGCUUUGCUGCCCGUCUACAUCCAGUAUUCACAAAAACCAGCAACUGUCCUAAUGGUAACUUAGGUGAUGACUGCUUAGCCAUUCCUUUGUCUGCAUGGGAGUAACUGAUGGAAAUAUGGGCCUGUUGGUGAUGUAAUCCGUAUGUAUAUUGCAAUGCCUUUUCUUUCGUGAUUUGUUUUUCAUUCCUGUUAUUUUCGUGCAACUAUAUAUAGUAUUUGAUGGAAAAUAGGUCACACCUUCUGCCUUUUAGAAAAUCUUGGGGGGUUUUUUGUUGGAAACUAAAAGUGAGUAAUGACAUGAAAACGUUUUUGAAUUUAGGUGUGAUAUUAUGACAGUUCAUCAUGUGUGGAGCCCAGCAAAACUGAGUAGAAUAUUCUGAUUAGAAUACAGAUGUCCUGAUUACAAAAGUAAACUCUGUCCAGUUUGAAGCCCGGCAGAUUAGGUAGUGAUUGGAAGUCAAUGACGCAGUGGAUAAUAAGGCACUGCCUUGUGGCACUGAGCCUCAGGAGACCAGGAACGAAGCUGGGCUCAAACUGUACUGUUUGCCUAUUUGGUUGAUCUAAACCAAGCCAAUGAUAUGGGGGCUACAACUGGAGGACAGAAAGGUGGGUCAGUAUUCUCAUUCCCAAUCACCAAUCAGUAAACAGUGCAAGGAAAUGCAUGUGGACGGAUGCUGGACCUGACUCCCCCCUCCCCCACCCCCCCCCCCCCCCCUCCCGCCCGUGUGUUAUUUGCUCUCUGGGAUCAAUGCUUCAUUGGGAUAGCUGGUGCCCAUCGGACUAUGCUUCAGGAUCGAGUUGACUGCGGCAAAAAUUGGUUAGACACAGAUGUAGGAAGUGGAGAACAUGAUGUCAUGUCAGUCAGUUAUGGAUAAAUAUAUGGGAACCUUAAAGCUCUUAUAAAUGGGGGCUCCCACAAUAAUAUAUACAAAAUAUUAUAACAGCUAAAAUAUCCAUUUGCAUUCCAUUUUUAACCAUUGUUCCUAAUACUGUACGUGUGUGCUGUGUAUAUAUAAUAAUAGUUUUAAGAAAUAGCCACUCCAUGUGACAGGUGUGACUUAUGCUCCUGGAUGUGAAACAUGAAAACCUGCAAUUCUCCCUUUGAUUUAUUGUAAGUGUUUGGUUACAGUAGCUUCCACAUUUUUUUUAAGCAUUUGUACUAAACCUGGAUGAUAUAGUCCUGCACACCAGUUUCCCCCUAGGAUCCACCUGAAGAGACAGCUUAGUUCUAUGCAUGUCAGGAGUAGUGAAAACAAGUGCUUUCAGGCAGGUGUACUGCAGACUUAUUUAUGCAAUGUAAAGUGAAGUAUGUAUUUACUUCAAUGUAUAAAGAAAGUUAGGAUAUUAAAGCUAAUUUGCUAAUUUGAAACAAGCAAGAUCUGCGCACUUGCACACACAUGCUGACCAUCUCAGUGCACAGUCGUGGCACAAGUUGCAUUUUCUCUGUGAGGUUAUGGCCUUUUUUUUAAAGUUAAUGAUAAAGCUAGACAGUUGUUUAUUUUUUAAUUAUUAUCUGAUGACCUUUGAGGACACUCUCUUCACUUAAAUCGGAAUUGUUAGAAUCUCCAAUUGACAACGGGGCUGAAGAUGUAAUUUUACUCCUGGAGGUGCUUGGUCUCAGAGCAGUUCUGUGCUCAUUGGGAAUUCUAGGAGCCAUCACAAUUUUCAGUAAAUCUGUUGUCUUCCUGAACAACAGACAUGAGCGCUUAUUAGGAAAGUGAUUCUUCGAGAGCUGCUGCAAAGCGACCUCAAAUGGGUCAUUUGCAUUUCAGAUUUCAAUUGGAGAUAUAUCAGAGUCCAAAGCCAUUUUCACCCACAAUGAUUCCUUGUCUGGGUCUGGACUUGGUAAAAGGUGGCAGGUUCUGUACUGGGUGAACAUUAGAGUUCCGAGAAGCAUGCAGUAAAUUUGUACCAAGACAUCUUCUCUCGCUAGAUUGGUAUACAUUCAUUAGUGGCUUGACAAUUUAGCCAUCUAGAUUGCUGAUUCAAUUAUUUGUACCAGUGCAUAUAUACAGUAACUUCCAGAUCCAUAGGCCUGGCUUUAUAGCUGUUAAUUGGAAGGAGUUAUUUUUUUACCAACUCAUUUAUGUGGAGAACUCAGCUUGACACUGUGGAUAUUUCCUGACGAAAGGUCCCAUUAACCCUUUUGAGUAACAAUUUCUUUAAUCGCUUCACUGGCAAAGACAAAACAAAGCUACCUUCAACCUCUCAAUGCUGUUGGGUAGGGAGUUCUAGGAAUUAGAUCCAUUGUGGAUGAAGGAACAUCCACUGUGAAUGAAGGAAUUCACAUUCAAAUAUGAAUGUUUCACACUGUCUUCACAUUUGCAGGGAACUUGCAGGGCACAGCUUUCAUAUGUGCCCGCUGCUCUUGAUCUUCCAAAUGUUGCAGAGUUCCCCAUUGAAUCCCACUCUUUAAUCCAAGAUGGACAGCACAUUGAAAUAAUUUGUCUUAAUCAUCACAUUUUCUGAGUCCGCAUUAAUUUUGGCUUCUCUUCCAAUAAAUACAGCACUUCAUAUAUUACACCAGGAUAUCCUGCAGACAAAUGGCUUUCUGGCCUCAAUUGCUUUUGCUCUUGCAAUCACCCAGAUUCUGCCAGAGAGGAGCGACUCUCCUAUUCUCACACAUUCCCCUCAAUGCAAAGGAUGUGAAGAACACUGCACUCAGCAUAGUUUAGGAAUCCAGUACACAAUGCGUUGUUUCCAUACCAGCCUCAUUUUCCAAGCACAGCAUUAAACCUUUGCUUAUUUGCCUCCAUUAAGAUUUCUUGUGACAUUAAAAACUUACAUAAAAUUGUCUGGUAAUUGACAAUUUAAAAGCCUUUUCAUGCUCAAAGGGUUAAAGUCACAGACUGCAGGGUUACCAAUGGCCACGGAAAGAAUGUCAUUUAUCAAAUCAUAAUUAAAGGAUUCCAAUGCAGCACAUUUCUAAUGAAUGCUUUCUAUUUUUGCCCAUGAACAGUAUCCCUGAAUUACAAUUGCUGCAUAGAGAGUGGAUGGGAAUGACACAUGGGAGAUUUUAACUUUGGCUCAGGUAUGUGCUUACCCAGAUUCUAGAGUAUCAGGAAUCUGGUAGAAGAGCUCAGGCCAUGCAUAUUACACAGCAAAACAGCAAGACAUCAGAGCACACUUUUGCUACCCAAUGCACAUACUGCAUGGAAAUCCAAACAUGCUGAAAUAAUGUGUCAUGAUAUGCUUGAACCUGGCACUGCCUGGUCCCAGUAACAAAGCACAUUUCCAUGCAGCAAGUACUGUGGGAAAGGAUAUAGAUCACAGCACAAAACAUGAAAAUGGAACAAUUUAAUCAAUCAGUGCCGAUAGCAAUUAUAGCAACACUGCCUGCUACAAUAUUUUAAAAUAGUUAAUAUUUAAGGUUCUCAUUGUUUUCUUUCAUUUCUUU